GUCAGGAGUGGGUAUACUUCUCUACUGUUUCCCAUUUCUGAGACUGUUUUUGAAAGAGCCAUCUGUGAUUAGUUGAUUAGAUGAAAAAAAUGCACAGUAAAUUAAUUGGCAUGUAAAAUACAUUAAAAUACUUUGAAUUAAUUGAAACUCUUAAGGUUUUGAGAGACAUUCUAUAAAUGCAGACUUAUUGUUGUUGAAUUGAGAUAUAUAUUAUGUUGUCUUUGUACAUAUUUUGGUUUGAUUAGCAUUUUGAAAGUAGUUAAAUUAUUAAACUUGUGUUCAGUGAUUGAACAUUGAAGCACUUGCAUUAAUUUAUUAAGCAAUUAUUUGAUUUUUAAAGAUUUUUGUAUGAUUUGUACAGAUCUGCUGUAGUGGAUCCUAGUACAAAUGUCUAUCUUUUAGAUAUUACAGUGAUGUACAAGUGUGUAUGCAUUUAAAUUAAUGCAAAAUGUUCUUAUGCCAAAAGAUAAAUCAAGUUCUACAUAUAAAAACCACAAGAAUUAUUCAGAUAAAUUCAUGUUCAGAGUGUCUGUGAUACUUGAGAAUAGAAAAUUAUCUGUUUUCCUAAAUGGUGUAUGUGGAUAUGUACUCAAUGGAUGUGGUAUGCAAUCUAGAGAUUAAGACUUCAAAUGCAUCAGCUGAAUUAAUCAGUGUUAUCCUGGAUUAGUAAUGAGGUCAAUAGAGAGGACUCCCUGUUGAAUAUUAAGAUGAGUAGUAUUUAUAGCCAGUCAUACCUUUCAUUCACCCAUCAUUAAACUGGGACUGCAUGAAAUAUUCAUUGAAGAAGACGUGAUAGAUGCUGGUGGAGGUGCAUACUCCAUAUUACAACAUGGAGUCGUCAACAACUAUUAGCUUUCUGAAGAGUAACAUAUCCAAUUUUGACAAUACUGAUGCCAUGAUAAACAAGACAGAUGUACUGGAUUGUAUGGACCAUAUACCACAUGUAUGGGAACUGUUCCAAGAGAUUCCUACUUUUGCCAUAAUACUGCUGGUAGCCUGUUCUAUUGUUUGUUUGAUAACUGGGAUAAUGGCUGUUCUUGAUUUGGUGUUCUUGUAUAAACGCAUACAAAACUCUAAACUAAGAACAAGAAUUCUUAUCAUACGUGCACUAUAUGGGAUUACUUCUGUCACAUCACUUUCUGGUGCAAUGGCUCCAAGAGCUAACACAUUAGUUGAUCUAGUGGCUUCAUGUUACCUUGCCCUGUGUUUGUUCAAUUUUCUACAUGUUAUUGUGGAUUAUCAUGGGGGACAAGUUCAGUUGAUAGAAGCGUUUGCAGGCAAACCUGUUCCAUUGCGAAGUCCUCCAUGUUGCUGCUGCUGCUUCUGCUUGCCAACAAUAGAACUAGACAGGCAUAAAUUCAACUGUAUCAAAUGGUUGGUGAGACAGGUGAUCAUUGUUUGUCCAAUGUUGGUGUUUGUGGCUGCGGUACUUUGGGCAAAUGAUCUUUUUACCACACGACUACAGGCAAAUGCUGGUCCUGUCCAGUUCGUGUAUUCCAUGAUAAAGCUUGUCUCCCAACUAACUGCUAUCUAUGGUCUAUUGUUGAUCUAUAAAAAUGUGGACCCAGUCAUAAGCCAGAAGUACAAAAUUAAAGCAAGAUUUGUGCUUCUACAGUUGGCGUUUAUUCUUACCAGCCUUCAGCCCCUUAUCCUUGGAAUAUUAGCUAUCACUGGAGUCAUAGAAUGCACACAUUUACUUCAUGCCAGUGACAGAGCUGCAAUAUUUGGCUACGCUGCACUUAUCUUUGAGAUGUUUAUUCUCUCCAUCUUUGUGACCAUAGUUUACAGAAAGGAGUUUUCCAACAAUUCAGCACAAACUUUAAUUCAGACUGAGAGUUUAUCUCAUAGUGAGAAACUUUCACAAACUUACAUUCCUAAUGGUGUUGACCAUGAUGUACAAAGAAAUGGCCAUCCAUACCACUGGGGUAUUCAUUCAAUGGUAAUUACGAAAGCCCCUUGGCAUGGUGGCAAGGAAGACAGUGACCAAAUGCUAGUAAUGGAUCAAAUCAGUGUCUGUUAACUGACAUUGAUUGCAAAGUGAAUAUUAUCUGCUGUUUAAAACAAAUAUAGAGUUUUUAAAAAUGCUGAUUGGAUGAUAGAAUAUAUUCUGUAAUGUCUUCCUUUUCUUAGGCUUUUUGUCUCUCUCACUUCGGGACCUGGUAAUGGAUUGUUAUUUGCACUGACUUUUGAGAGUGGUUUCAGUAAGUCUAUUCAGACUGCUGCCUUGGGUUAAAGAUUCAAGACUGAUCUUUGACAGGGAUCACUCAUACAUCAUGUAACAAACAGCAGCCUGUAGGCUUGGAAAAGUUCAGGCCUAGAGGUCUGUCCAAACCACCCUUUCGAUUAGGAACAAAUUGGUUUAGAUUCUUUACUACUGUUGUAAAAAAAGUCCACUUUUUCAAAUAAAAAUCCUUUGAAAUUGCUGGUUACAGCCUGGAAUAUCUAGAUCUGCAAGUCUUAUUUACUAUGGUGUUAAGCAAAUUCCAUAAGUUGCUAGUCAGAGAAAAAACAAGGAAACAGGUAAUGCAGUUGAUUUUUCUGAAUAGAAUGUUUGGUUUGUAUGAUUACCAAAUCAGUCAUAAAGCCACCAGAGAACACAUGCCCAUUUAAAUAAGAGUUCUGGCUUACAGUAAAGCAGAGCAUUUUAUCAAAAAUUUAUGCAUUACUUUUAAAGCUGUUUGAGAAAAUAGACCUUCAACAUGAUACACAAAAAUGAAAACCUUUGAGAUACACCAUUUACAACCCCAUUUUAAAGUAUUCACUGUCAGGAAGUAAGGCAAAUAAAUGUUAUUGGAGCCAUGCCUUUGAGAAUAAUGCCCCACAAAUGGGGAAAUGAUUUCAAGAGACGAUGAAAACAUUUAUUACUCUUUAGGCUUUAUUGAAAACUUAUCUACAUUGUUUUGAUAUAUAUAUCAAUAUAAGCUUAU